AUGUGCGGGAUCCACGCGGUCGUUUCUCGCGACGGCUUCCAGUCGCUGCCCCGAGACGUCAAGACAUGCCUCUGCAACCGCGGUCCGGAUCAUCUAGGCGAAGUUCGCUGUCAAACCCCGGGAGAUAGCUCUGUCUUUCUGACUCUCACCUCGACGGUUCUGGCUCUGCGCGGUGACCACGUCACUCAGCAGCCCUUUCGCGACGCGUCUUCUGGGUCUGUCCUGUGCUGGAACGGCGAAGCCUGGAAGAUUGCAGGGGGACCUGUCCAAGGGAACGACGGAGACGUAAUCUUUGCUUUGCUCACUGCGGCCAGUAGCCGCAGCGCUGAGGAACAUGCGGUCUUGGAUGUACUGCGCAGCAUUGAGGGCCCUUUCGCGUUUGUCUACUUCGACGCGACUUCUUCCCGUCUAUUCUAUGGUCGCGAUCGACUUGGUCGACGAUCGUUGCUGCUCAAUGGAGAGGGUGGAAUCAGAUUGUCUAGUAUUGCUGAGAGCACAUCAUCUUCGUGGGCAGAGGUGGAAGCAGAUGGCAUCUACGUCGUAGACUUGGUAGCCUGGCACAGUGACUCACUGAAGUCAAACUCGCCUCGCUCUUGGACGCCAGGCGAGACUGAGACGGUCCUCAACAUUGGAGUCUUCAGUAUGACACUCCCGCCAUCUGAUGUUCAGCCGCUGUCAGCAGUGUCACCGUCAGUGCAGGCAGUCAAACAGCAAAUGACCGAGUCGCUCAGAUUGCGCGUUUUAAACGUUCCUGAACCCCCAGCCCACGAUGCUGGCAACGACACGCGAGUAGCUGUCUUGUUCUCUGGCGGCUUGGACUGUACAAUCCUCGCGCGGAUGGCUAGCGACUUGGUUCCAUCUGAUCAAGGCAUCGACCUGAUCAACGUGGCUUUCGAGAACCCUCGCUUAGCAGCGAAGGCUGACAACUCCCCUGGUGCGCCAAGUCUCUAUGAGGCUUGUCCAGACAGAAUCACGGGAAGGAAGUCCUUUGCCGAGCUGACUACUGUCUGCCCAGCUAGAAAUUGGAGAUUCAUCGCCGUUGACGUUCCUUACCAGGAAGUACUCGAGCACCGGAGCCAAGUGAUCUCUUUGAUGUAUCCCCAUAACACCGAGAUGGAUCUCUCCAUCGCCUACGCCCUCUACUUUGCCGCCCGCGGCAUCGGCAUGUCACAAAGUAGCCCGUCAGACCCAGCCGUCAAAUAUACCACGCCAGCGCGAGUGCUUCUCUCUGGCCUCGGGGCCGACGAACUCUUUGGCGGCUAUGUACGGCAUACCACUGCAUUUUCAAGGAGGGGCUACCCGGGCCUGCUCGAGGAACUCAAGCUAGAUGUUAGCCGGCUGGGCAAGCGCAACUUGGGACGCGACGAUAGAGCCAUGUCUCACUGGAGCCGGGAAGUACGAUUCCCGUUCCUUGAUGAACAGUUUGUGAAGUGGGCCAUCGAGUGUCCGGUCUGGGAAAAGUGUGACUUUGGCUGUCCCGAAGGCGACUCGGGGGUCGAUCCUGAGAAGCGAGUGCUGAGGCUUCUUGCGAGGGAUCUUGGCAUGGGCGCAGUUGCCCAAGAGAAGAAGAGAGCGAUUCAAUUCGGCUCGAGGACCGCAAAGAUGGAGAGUGGAAAAACAAAGGGAACAACACUCAUUGCUCCAUGA